GGAUAGUUGAAAAGCCCAUAAUACAAAAAUUUUAGCUGUUAAAGAAAUGAAAUGCAUCAAUGAAUAUUAAUAACCUUUUAUAUAACAUGUAAAUUAAUACUUUGGGACCAAUUCUAACCUCAGGAUUUUUUGUGCCUUAUAUAAUAUGUAGCAAUCGACCCAUUUAUCAAAUUUAUGAGUUGCACGAGUAAAUUAAGUUCAUCUGCAUAUUUAAGUUCUUUAAACAGACCAAUGUAAACAGUUUCUUAUCUGCCAUAUGUUGAAAUGUUUUAGUAAACUAAAGACAUAACUGCUUAGUCAACAAAGAUGGCAUUAAAUUGCACUGUUUUGGAAAAAAAAGUUAAGUGAACUAGAUGCCUGUUAAUCUGGUUCUUUAAAUAUCAUAAACAAAAGUAUCAGAAUGUGUUUCCAAGGACAAAGGCGGAGUUUUCCCAGCUUUGAUUGGUUGCUGCCUUGUCCUGUCCCACGGCCAUCCUUAACUGGCUUUGGGUAGAUUGGAAUCACAUAAGCAGAGUGACAUUUAUUACUUUCUUAGUUUCUUUGCACUGAGCCCUGAGAUUCCCAAGUAGUAACUGUAAAAGAUUUCUUUCAUUUCGUCCAUGAUCUACAAGAGGGGAUCAUUCUACGAAGAGCAGGCAUGAGUCUGAGUGCGAGAAGAGUCACUCUGCCUGCAAUAACGCCAAUAGUCCUACAGAAAAGGGUAAUUAAAGUAUACAGUGAAGAUGAAACCAGCAGGGCUGUAGAGGUACCCAGUGACAUAACUGCCCGAGAUGUUUGCCAGCUGUUGAUCCUGAAGAAUCAUUACAUUGAUGACCACAGCUGGACCCUUUUUGAGCAUCUGCCUCACAUAGGUCUAGAAAGAACAAUAGAAGACCACGAGCUGGUGAUGGAAGUGCUAUCUAACUGGGGAAUGGAAGAAGAAAAUAAACUCUACUUUAGAAAAAAUUAUGCCAAAUAUGAAUUCUUUAAAAACCCAAUGUAUUUUUUUCCAGAGCAUAUGGUGUCUUUUGCAACUGAAACCAAUGGUGAAAUAUCCCCCACACAGAUUUUGCAGAUGUUUCUGAGUUCAAGCACAUAUCCUGAAAUCCAUGGCUUCUUACAUGCAAAAGAACAGGGAAAGAAGUCCUGGAAAAAGAUUUACUUCCUUCUAAGAAGAUCUGGUUUAUAUUUUUCUACAAAAGGGACAUCAAAGGAACCACGGCAUUUGCAGUUUUUCAGCGAAUUUGGCAAUAGUGAUAUUUAUGUGUCACUGGCCGGCAAAAAAAAACACGGAGCACCGACUAACUAUGGAUUCUGCUUUAAGCCUAACAAAGCGGGAGGGCCCCGAGACCUGAAAAUGCUCUGUGCAGAAGAAGAGCAGAGUAGGACGUGCUGGGUGACCGCGAUUAGGUUGCUUAAGAUAAACAUUUGCAGAGUAGAGUGGAAUCGCCUAAUGCAUUUAUCUUUUGUGUGUGGAUAUGGCAUGCAGCUGUACCAGAAUUACAUGCAUCCAUAUCAAGGUAGAAGUGGCUGCAGUUCUCAGAGUAUAUCACCCAUGAGAAGUAUAUCAGAGAAUUCUCUAGUAGCAAUGGACUUCUCAGGCCAGAAAAGCAGAGUUAUAGAAAAUCCCACGGAAGCCCUUUCAGUCGCUGUUGAAGAAGGACUCGCUUGGAGGAAAAAAGGAUGCUUACGCCUGGCCACUCAUGGUAGCCCUACUGCCUCUUCCCAGAGCUCUGCCACAAACAUGGCCAUCCACCGGUCGCAGCCAUGGUUUCACCACAAAAUUUCUAGAGAUGAAGCACAGCGAUUGAUUAUUCAGCAAGGACUUGUGGAUGGAGUUUUCUUGGUACGGGAUAGUCAGAGUAACCCCAAAACUUUCGUACUGUCAAUGAGUCAUGGACAAAAAAUAAAGCAUUUUCAAAUUAUACCAGUGGAAGACGAUGGUGAAUUGUUCCACACUCUGGAUGAUGGCCACACGAGAUUUACAGACCUAAUCCAGCUGGUGGAGUUCUAUCAACUCAAUAAGGGCGUUCUUCCUUGCAAGUUGAAACAUUAUUGUGCGAGGAUUGCUCUUUAGCCAAACCAGAAGUGACUUGUUAAACUGUUGAAGAAAAAGGAC